AUGAGAAACUUGAGUGGAGACUACAUAGUAGAGUUUGUUUUGGUGGGCUUCCCUACCUCCCCACCCCUUCAGCUGCUCCUCUUUGCACUCUUCCUUGCAAUUUUUUUAUUGACAUUGUUGGAGAAUGCACUCAUUGUUUCCACCAUUUGGCUCACUCCAAGCCUUCAUCGCCCAAUGUACUUUUUCCUUGGCCAUCUCUCCUUUCUGGAGCUAUGGUAUAUCAAUGUCACUGUUCCCCGACUCUUGGGGGCAUUUCUUACCCAGGAGCAUAGAGUCUCCUAUGUAGGUUGUAUGACCCAACUCUAUUUCUUCAUUGCCUUAGCCUGCACCGAAUGUGUCCUGUUGGCAGUCAUGGCCUAUGACCGCUACCUGGCCAUCUGUGAACCUCUCCGUUAUCCUAGUCUCAUGCCCUUCAGUAUGGCCACUCGCCUUGCUGCUUUCUCUUGGGGUAGUGGCUUCUUCAGCUCCAUGAUGAAGCUUCUUUUCAUUUCCAAAUUGUCAUACUGUGGAUCCAAUAUCAUCAACCAUUUUUUCUGUGACAUCUCUCCACUACUUAACCUCACCUGCUCUAACAAGGAACAAGCAGAACUAGUAGACUUCCUCUUGGCCCUGGUGAUGAUUCUGCUCCCUCUAUUGGCCGUGGUUUCAUCAUAUGCUGCCAUAAUCGCCACUAUCCUGAGGAUUCCUACUGCCCAGGGACGUCACAAAGCCUUUUCCACAUGUGCCUCUCACCUGGCAGUGGUUGUUAUCUACUACUCCUCCACUCUCUUUACCUAUGCACGGCCCCGGGCCAUGUACACCUUCAACCAAAGCAAAGUCAUCUCUGUGCUCUAUGCUGUCAUUGUACCAUGUCUCAACCCAGCCAUUUACUGCCUGAGGAACAAGGAAGUAAAGGAUGCCCUCAGAAAGACAGUGCUGGGAAACUCUGGUUGCCCAGGAAACUGUUGUAAGAGAUAUUGGCUCUUGUGCACCUUGAGGAGUAAAGUCAAGAUGGCUCAAGCACCGCUUUGUGUGAAUCACAUGUCCUCACACCUGUGCUAUGACUUUGCAUCCAGAUUAGCCCCUCAUCUGCUUUCAGCACUCCUUCCACCUAAGAGAAAUCCCUCAAUAUGUCAUGCUGCCAUGCUGUGUUUUUAUCCUACAAUUCUCCAAGUAAAAUUGUUUCCAAGUGUGACCUUUUGUAGUGUGUGAGUUUGAUUGUUUGGUAAAGCCUAAGAAGU